AUGGAUCAAGAAAAGAAGUAUUCUGGCGAGUUCAUUCGCGAGUCGGCCCCCAAUGACGAUAUCCAACAUGGCGACAUGACCGACAACUCGGAUGACUUGCAGCGUCAUCUGGGCAAUCGCCAAAUCCAGCUCAUUGCCAUUGGUGGCUCCAUAGGUACUGCCUUGUUCGUGUCCAUCGGUGGUGCCCUCAAUUCUGGCGGCCCCCUCGGUAUACUCAUCGCCUACGCUGGAUAUUCGUGUGUCAUUGCCCUCGUAAACAACGCCAUGGCUGAAAUGGCCAGCUUCAUGCCCGUCUCCGGAGGUUUCAUCCGCAUGGCUGGACACUGGGUCGACGAAGCCCUCGGCUUCAUGGCCGGCUGGAACUUCUUCUUCUACGAAGCCCUGCUGAUUCCCUUUGAGAUUACGGCUCUUAAUGUUGUGCUAAAAUUUUGGAGAGAUGACAUUCCAGUUGCUGCUGUCUGUGCCGCAGUCAUUGUCCUCUACGCUGCUUGCAACGUCUUGGCUGUCAAGGCCUAUGGUGAAGCCGAGUUUUGGCUGUCAGGUGGCAAGGUUUUCCUUAUCUUGAUUCUCUACCUCUUCACCUUCAUUACCAUGGUCGGUGGCAAUCCUCAGCAUGAUGCCUAUGGUUUCCGCUACUGGCGUGACCCUGGCGUCAUCCCUGGCGCCACCGCCCUCGAUCGUUUUGAAGGAUUCCUCGCUGCUCUGUGGGCUGCCUCUUUCUGUAUUGUUGGCCCUGAGUACAUCUCCAUGGUAUCUGGUGAGGCCAAGCGCCCUCGUGUCUACAUCAAGUCGGCGUUCAAGACGGUUUACUUCCGAUUCGGUGCCUUCUUCAUCCUCGGUGCCCUUUGCGUUGGUGUCGUUGUAGCCUACAACGACCCGCAGCUCGAGUCGGUAGUCAAGUCUGGCGAGAAGAGCGCGGCUGCCUCUCCCUACGUCAUUGCUAUGAGCAACCUCAAGAUCAACGGUCUUCCUCACCUUGUCAACGCCCUCUUGAUCACGAGUAUCUUCUCUGCCGGAAACACAUACACCUACUGCGCCACUCGCAGCUUGUACUCGCUCGCUAUCGAGGGUCGUGCCCCCAAGAUCUUCCGCAAGUGCACGAAGAAUGGUGUCCCCAUCUACUGCUUCCUCGUUGUUAUGAUCUUCCCCUUCUUGUCCUUCCUGCAACUGUCGGACAACUCAGCAAAGGUUCUGAAAUGGCUCGUCAACAUCAUUACCGCUGGAGGUUUGAUCAACUUCAUUGUCAUGUGCGGCACCUACCUUGCCUUUUACAAGGCAUGCAAGGUCCAAGGACUCGACCGCAAGACGCUCCCAUACUGCGGUUACUUCCAGCCCUACGGAACCUGGUUCGCUCUCUGCUUCGAGAUCUGCGUUGUCUUUGUCUAUGGCUACAGUACCUUCAAGCCCGGCAACUUCACUGCCGAGACCUUCCUUACCUACUACACUAUGGUCAUGGUAGCUCCGGUUCUGUUCAUCUUCUGGAAGGUGGUCAAGAAGACCAAGUGGCUAGCACCGCACGAGGUUGACCUUGUUUGGGAUGCUCCUCUCAUUGACGCCUACGAGGCCUCUUUCAUCACCCCACCUGUCAGCUUCUGGACGGAGAUGCUUCAGCUCAUUGGCCUGAAGCGCAAUGUUCCUGUUGACAAGCGUGCUGUCUAA